AUGAGGCCUCCCCAGGGAGGGCAAGGGCCGGCCCCCGUGAGGGCCGGCAUGCCCGAUCUGGGCGUCCUCGCCAGACCUGGCGAGGGUGGUCGAGCCUCGCCUGGGGCCGGCAAUGCCUUGCCCGACCUCGCCCAGGGCCGACGGCUGUCACCGCCCCCUCCGGCGAUCGUUGCUGGCCCCUCCGGCAAUGGGCGGCGAUUGUGGGAAAUGCCCGCGGAUCAUCCCUUCUAUGGCAAGGUAACUACAAAGGACACUCCUUUACAUGUUGCUGCUAAAGUGGGAAAUGACCAUGCAGUUCGAGUCUUCACAGAUUUGGCAAAAUCACUAGAUCAACUUGAUGCAUGCAAAGAGCUACUUAGGAGACCAAAUAAUAACAAGGAUACCUCACUACACUAUGCACUAAGAGGAGGUCACGAGUCGGUUGUGAAGUUGCUGAUUGAAGAAGAUCCUCAACUAUGUGAUAUUGGUAAUGCUGUUGGUGAGCACCCACUUUAUCUCGCAGCACAUCAAAGACUUUCGGAUAUUAUUGAGCCAAUUUUACAUGCUUCCUCGUCGCCAUGCUUUCAUAGAGGCCCUAAGGGAUUGACAGCUCUGCAUGCCGCAGUGCACUACUCACUACCAAGUUGGGAGAAAAUCCUAGAGAAAAGACCAGAAGUGAUCAGAGAAGUUGACGACAUCGGGUGGACUCCUCUUCAUUAUGCUGCUUGCUUUGGCAAUGUCAAAGCAGUUCGACGGCUUUUGCAACAUGAUACUUCUGUGGUAUACGACUUAGAUGAAGAGGGGGAAUCGGCUCUUCACAUUGCAGCAUUUCGUGGCCAUGUCAAUAUCAUUAAAGAGCUCGUUACAUCUUGUCCCGAUGCUUAUGACAUGAUAAACAACAAAGAGCGAACGGCUCUUCAUUCAGCUGUCAUCGGUGGACGAGCAAAGGUAGUCAAGCACAUACUAAGGAUGCCAAACCUAGAGGAUGUUAUUGACCAACAAGACACUGAUGGAAACACGGCUUUGCAUUUGGCUAUGCUUCACAGAGAAUACCUUAUCGUGCCCACACUUGCAAGAGAUAAUAGGGUGAAUUGUUUUGCCACAAACAAGGAUCACAAGACCGCCCUUGACAUUUAUUUUGCUAGUGAGGAGGUCAAAUACACAUCUAUUGUUUAUGGUGCGCUGAGAAGAAAUUCCGGAUUCCCGGUUAUACAAGAGUGGGUUUUGGAACAUGUUAAAAAGAGAUUAGACAAGCAAUUUGUUGAGGGCCAACCAGUUGGGUCUGAAAUCACAGGAAGUAAUACUCCCAACCGAGAAAAUUUCAAUUCGUCACUGAAAAGCAUUAUCGAACUUGAACAAGUAGUGGCAGAGUUCAUAGUUACAGCGACCUUUGCUGCAACCUUCACGAUGCCCGGAGGUUAUUAUAGUGAUGGACCCAACCAAGGAAUGGCAACUCUUGCUGGCAGGGCAGCUUUCGUAACCUUUGUGAUAGCUAACGCUAUGGCAUUCAGUUUCUCCACCUUGGCAUUGUUCUUACAAUUUGAUACUUCUGCGUUGAGCGAUCGUAAGAAGGUGAAAUUCACGCAAAAGGCCGCAAAAUACAUUUACUUUGCGGCGCUUGCGAUGGUGCUAGCCUUUGCUUCUGGGACGUAUGUGGUGUUGACCAGAACCAUUGGGCUCGCGAUUGUUCCUUGGGUUGUGUGUGGAUGUGUCGGGAGUUAUUACAUCAUCGGUUUGACCGGGGACUUCCGACAUCGUUCUACGGUUGUAUAUCUAAAUCCCGAUAUAUUCAUUCCAGAGGGAGAGCGUGCUUAUGGGAUACGGCGAUACGCUAAAGAGAGCUGUUUUGCGUUCCUUUUCUCCGUCAUGGCAAUAUUCUUACAUUAUGCAAGUUUAACGUUCCACUAUGGUCAAGAGCCGAAAAAUAUCCCCACCGUGGAAGGUCGCAUUCAAAUUGCGAUGCUCGGGCUGUUCGUAGCCUUUUAUGUGGGGCUGAAUCUGGCACGGGAGAGGCUCCCCGAGAGUAUCGAGGAAGGAGUCCGUGUUUGUGUUGCGUAUGGAUUUCUCUUUGCUGUGUGCUUCUCAUAUGAAUUAUCUGACCCCGAGGCUCAUUCGUGGUUGCUACGUAGGUCUGCCUUUGGAUAUAUGCGAAAGUUCUUGCUUGAUUGCGGGAUACACCGUAUCUUUUGA